UCCAAACAUACGUUUGCAUUCUUUAAUCACUCGUUCAACCACUAUUUGUUACUGAAAUAUGGCCCGUAUAAUACCCAACAUACCUACAGCCAGUUCCUUUACAGUGUUGCUACUAGCUCUACUAUUCAGUAGCAUUGUUUCAGCCGUUAAUAGCACUGCCACGCCAGCAUAUGGCGCACCAAAACCUACUGAUGCCACUAUACAAGACUCUGUUUAUGGAGCUACUACUAGUCACCAAAAAAACAUAGUAGCACCAUGGCCAUCGUCUGUUUCAAAAGAGCAUCCCAACUUUACUGUAUCUGAUCAUCCAGCCAUGAUGAUGGAUGGUGCUAUGGCUCUUGCCAACUACAGCAGUCCAGCCGACGGUCCCCACCUUGUUGACUUUUUCAACAUUAAUCCAUACAAUAUUGCCACUGCUGUCAUUCUCAUUCUCAGUGGGAUUUCAUUUGCAUUUAAUGGCCAUAGAAUGUUUCGAUCUAUGCUUUUCAUUGCAGGCUUUUAUGUAUUCUCAAUCGUCACCCUUGUAGUCAUAGGAGUUCUCGAAUCUCGUAAUUAUAUCACAUUGGGCAGCAACCAGGAAUGGAUUGUUUUUACUGCGUGCAUUAUUGGUGGCUUGAUUGGAGGAGGUAUCUUUCAAUGUCUUUGGAAACUUUCGUUUAUGUUUAUCGGAGCCAUGCUUGGUGUAGCACUCGCUUCAUUUAUCUUGCAAUUCUCCUUCUCCAGUGCUCUGCAAACGACUCCAGGCAGAUAUAUUUUUUUUUCGGCAAUGGCUAUUGUCGGUGCUAUCCUGGUGCAGCUUUUUGAAGUACCGUUGCUGAUUGUGUCUACCGCGGUGGUUGGAUCAGGUAGCUUUUUCGUAGGAAUUGAUUUUUUUGUCAAAUCUGGAUUCGGCCAGGCUGUUUAUAAUACUAUUUUCCAACAAGCGAUCGUGCCAGCAAGUAGUAACGCCGAGUAUAUUAUGAUGGGGAUGUUUGUGUUUGUUGCCUUGUUGGGAAUGAUGGUCCAGUUUUAUCAUGUGAGAAAUGGAUCUGUGUCGAGUGCUAGUCCAUAUACCAAUCGCAAGAAUUACGUAUCCAGCGUUUGAUAUACCAAAAUCAGCUUUUAUUUAUAAUCCACAUUUAUAUAUAAUUGAAUUGCAGCCGUAUUUGCGUAAAAUGAAACACAAAGUAGGGGUGCUGAAAUACAUAAUAAACAUUCAAUUUCCAGUAGGAAGCACGACGAAU